CUGUAUACCAGUGUUAAGUUCAAAGGAUUUCUAUCUUUUAGUACUCAAUUUGUAUUGUAUGAUGUAUCCCUAAUUCUUAUGGACAACAAGUGCAAAAAUAUUGAUGAUUAUGAAAAAGUACCAUAUAUCAUAGUAAGUCCGUUAUUUAUAUUCAUCAAUUGUUACCUUACCUUGGGUCAUUGGGACGAGGCUGACAAGGCUCUUAAAGAAAUGCUUGAAAUGGGUAUCCAUGCAUCUGCUAUCACAUACACCAUCCUCAUCAAGGCACAUGCUUCGAUGUUGAACAUGGAAUCCGCAGAGGCAAUUCUGAACACCAUGUUGCAGAAUCGAGUUAUCCCUGACCAGAAGACAAUAGCGUCUCUUAUACACGGCUAUUGUGAGUAGGGUGAUAUAAUAAAUGCAAGAUGACAUUUUGACUCCCUCCCGUCUUUCGGGUUUCGUCCCGACAUCAUCACAUACAACAUGCUCUUAGACGGGUAUUUCAUGAAGUCAUAUUCAAAGGAGGGCUCAAUCAGAGUGUGGAAAUAUAUACGACUGCGAUAAAAGGCAUGUUCCAUGUAGGCAACACAGGACUCGCGAUGAAGUUGUUUGAUGUGAUGCAAUCAAUUAAGAGUCUAACACCUACGGUGUCUACUUACAUGGCCAUGCUUGCAGGUCUUUGUAAUAAUUCUGUUUUCGAGAAAGCAUUUACUCUCUUCAGGUCUUUGGAUGAUCACGUUGACAUACAGUUCUACAACACCCUUAUUCACGGUGCGGGAAAAACACAUCACCUUCACAUAUCAAAGAUUCUGUAUGGUGAGCUUGUGGUAAGAGGGUUGGGACCUAACACCAGAACAAAUAAUGCUAUGAUUAGUGCGUUCUGUGAAGCAGGUCAUAUUGACGAGGCCAUGGACUGGUAUAACAAGAGUGAGAACCACAACAGUGUUACUUACAAUAUACUCCUCCAAGCCUUAAUUGAGAAACAAAGAGUGAAUGACAUAGAGGAUGUGGUUGAGGAAAUGGAAGCCAACGGGUUUGAGCUGGAUGAUUCAACAACAAAGAUGCUUUUUGUGAAAAGAAACUCUACCUUGAUUAGGUUGUUGUGGCCGGUUAUAUACCUCAAUCGACGAAGGAUGAUGAAUUGUCAAAGGUUGGAGGGUGGACCCAAGUAUGAACUCUUGAGCUUUCUAUGACAGAAGAUGUGAAGUGUUGGUUUUCUUUUGGCAUAAUGAGUACACAAUUAUGUUUAAAAAGUUUUACUUUUGUUUAUCAACUUUAGGAAAUUUAGGAAAUUUAUGUUUUUUUCUAAGAAAACAUGCAUGAUUAUGUUAAUCAUUCUA